ACCCUCGUCAUCUCAACAUAAUCCAACCAGCUCCUUGUAAGACGUAUCUAUUUAGUAUUUGUUUAUUGUGCUAUCCAACCAUGGUACCAUGGUGUUUGGUUUCUUGACGGAUUCUCGCACCGAAUGGGCCGUUCGCUGGACGGUGAUGCAUGCCAUUUGUUACGUGCUAUUCUUCUACCCACCCACUACCAACUUUUAUCUGGAUUGGUCGCUCCCAGUUCAGUUGAUUUCUGGUGGCAACUUGGCCUUUUACAACGCAGGGUUUCAUGCCUGGUUUGGCUUGGGCGCCGCCUUUGCCAUGACAGUUGCGGGUGCCAUUCUCUCCUUGAUCUUUCCUUUAUUGCAAAAUGACGAAUUGCCAUCCGCUUUUGUGGUAUUGAUGAUCAUUGUCAUUGUUCUGGUGGCUCCCUUUUUUGUGGCAGGACACGGGUAUAUUGGUGUCUUGAACAAUCUACGAAGCAUUGGCAUCUUGCUGGUCAUUAUCUUCUUGGAGGUAUUCUAUGGUCCCAUUUUGAAUUUGCGAUCGGUGGAGGGAUUCAACAUCAAGGCUAUUUGGACCGAAGUUGUAGGGCCCAAUGCCAUUCCAGCGCUGGCCUAUGUGGCCAUUUCCUGGGCUGUUUAUGCCAUACCUCCUUGGCAUUCAGGAACCUAUCAGAUGCUCCAUCUAUCCAGCGAUGUCAUGGGUGGGGUAGCUGGCUGUUUGAAGGGAGCGGCAGAUCUAGUACGUGGUUCUCAGCCCGAAAAGGAGCCAAAUGAAGAGGCUAAGGAUGAUGAUAAUGAUGCCCCUGCUGAGGAGCCUCCAACACAACCACCCUCCGCAAAGGAAACGUUCCGAUCCAUGGCCACGACGCUGAUGCAGCAGACCAGUUUUGCUGGACUGUACGUUCCAAUCUCCCUGUACGGUGACAUGGGGGUAUACGAGUCAAGUUUGUUCUUUCCACAUUUGUCUCUAAGAGCAGACAGCUUUCAGAAACUUGGUCGCCAGCUAGAUCGCACCGUUUACCAUGUGGCAUUGGUCUUGUGGGCCCUGGGAGAAGCCGUUGAACAUUUGGAUAAGGAAGACGAUACGGAACAAGGCAGCAUCGAAGCGAAUCAAUUGCUCCGUAAAGCAACAGCAGCACAACUCGAUGCUGCUGCUGGUCUGGCCAAUAGCAUUUCCUUGGUCUUGCAAUGUCCUCGAAAGACCUAUCAACGAACACCCAUUGAGACGAAACCUGCCACGGCGUCUCUUCGCGAGAGUACUUUGGGUACCAGCACGGCAGGAAUCCGCUCCAGCACGGCCGGAGAGGGCACCAACGCCACCAGCGGUGGUGGCAGUGUUAGGGAAAACAUUGUCACCAAUCCGCUCCUGUUUGACGCCGUUGACUCGGCAGGCGCCAAGCGAGCUGCUACCACUGCUAAAGCCAAACAGAUUGCCUACCAGGCCGGAAUCAAAAGCGAUCAAGUCGCCGAGAAGUUGGUGGAUGUGACCAACUCGAGUGACAAUCAGUUCAUGGCCAUGAUCUUGUACGCGAUCACAGCAGAUCUCACCAGCGGACAACGCGAGUUUGUCCACUUUGACGGUGACGACUACCUGCCAAUUGACCCGAACAACAACCGUGGCUCCUUGGGACGACUUCAAUAUGUGACCGAGACUCUUCAGAACUCUUGGACUGACAAUACCGCUUGGCCCCGCAUGGUGUAUCGCCUUCUCUUUCUCGAACAAAUCGAGGACCUUGUAUUGACGUGGUUUCAAGGAAUGGGCCAAAUCUUGACGGGCAGUUGCUUUGCACCUGGAAACACCGUGCAACGCAGGAGAACCCUUGGUCGAGGUUUGCAAUACCUGGUGGGCACGGUGGGUCUCUAUGCCAUGGCCACUUGGUGGCCCGCGUAUUCUACCCUUUUGGGGAGUUCAUCUACUGGGCAGUGGACAAUGGUGUCCUUUUAUGUUUGCUUUCGAGCCACGGCGGACGAGACAAUUCAUGCGGGUGUUCUUCGAUCUAUCGGGCAUGCAAUAGGAGCUAUGUUGUCAUGGGGAAUCAAUACAGGCGUCACAACCAGCGGGGGGCGAAUUGGCUGUCAUCUUGCCGUGACAUUGGUGUUCACAUGGUUGAUUCCACCACCCUUUACGGUGGUGCCUUCUUCCUUUCAGUUUGGCCCGCUUGAUAUUUUAACAGUCAAUCUUUUCGAAGGAUUGCUGACGACUUAUCACUUGACCAGUGUCUUGGUGCUCAGUACGGAUAUCGAAUCCGCCACCAAAGCACGUGCCCUCUCGCAGUGUUUAGGCGCAGCUGCGGCGGUGUUCGUGACAGUGGUGAUCCUUCCAUGGUGGGCCAAGCCUGAAGCCGAGUUUACUCGUUCCAAGUUCCGAAAACAUUGCAAGAAUUCCUUGCAGAAUCUCACCAAAUCUGACAGGGGCGCUGUCUUGGAAGCUUCAGCAGCCGUGGAGAAUCUCCUGCAAGCUCGACGGGAUGUAUCCUCUGCACAGGAAGCCUCUUCUUGGCUUUUCUGUUUCCCAAGUGCCGACGGUGGCCUCGGCGAGAGCUUGACGCGGGACGCUUUUGGUGCCGUCGCAUUGGAAGCCAUUGUGCAACGAGUUCAAAAUGAAGGAAAGAAUAUGCCAGAAGAUAUAAUUGCGGCUCUAAAAGCAUCCAAACUCGGAGCUGCCCUCACUGCCAUUCGACACGCCAUCGGUGAAAGCAAGGAAUCGAGACAAGACUUGGCAAUUCUGUACAUGGAGGUUCUUUUACUAGGAGAGAGUAUGAUAGCCAACUAGUUAAACUUGGCAAUUUUGUACAUGGAUGUUAUGUUCUGUUACAACGAGAGAGUUUGAUAGCCAACUAACUAAAUAAAAUUGUUCUACAUUGUG